ACCGUCAUGAACUCAGAUCGGACGAAACGAAGUCAGAUCUCGUCGUCUCAAGCAUAUUGUUAAAAAUGCACGUUUUUCAACUUGGGAAAUUUUUCAAUGUUAUCCCUGGAAAGGUUAUUAGGUACAUGCACGCAAGAUUUGGAUAAAACAAAAAACAGAACUGUCGACUAGCACAAAACACACUGUUAGAACCUAAGAAACUGGAACAAACUGGUUCUUAGAAACCCAGGUGUUGUCACCUGCACGAGCAGAUAAUCUGAAAGCGAUAGCUUUCAUCAGCUUAAUAACUCCAAAGAAACGACCUCCGGUGCGCAUGAAGUUGCUUCUGGAAAACCUUACGAGUGUUGAGCAAAUGUAGAUUCUGAGAAAAAAAUGAAGUCAGUGAGUUGCCAGCCUCAUCGGGGAAACACAAAUGCUAUCUCAGUAAAAUGUCGUUGGAAGACAAAUGAGGCCACUUAUCUUGGAUUAGCGAAAUGAAUACAGGUGUGACGCGCGUACGGUUACUCUGAACAAACCGUGUCAUCAGACGUAGAACAAAACCGUAAGGCGACAGUCACGCACGGGUUCCAUGGCAACGGGAAUAUCUGCUAGUAUUUGUUGGAGUAGCAGCACUUGGGGGGUAUCGCUCGUCUGAACGGCGUUCUGUUAGUUGACCGAUAUAAGACAGCUGUGCUUUGAAAACGGUUCUAGGGACAGAUGACAUCACUGACAACAGGUACAUCGAGAUAUUGAUUUUCCAAUGAAAUCUUGAUCGAGGUCUGUGCAAGCUGGAGUUUGCAGUAGAUAUUACAUGUUGCCAGACAGCGGAGUAGGUUAGAUACAGCUGAGCUUCUCGAAAUGUGCGAUUGGAACUUUGUAAUCAAGAAGAUAGUAAUUGGGAUUACGGCAGCACUUAUAUUAUUACUGUGGACGACGUAAGCAAAUAACAAGGACCUACGACAAAAGAAGAAAUAUCACGUUGCUGAUUUGUAGGUUCAGAAAGAAGUGAUUGAAGGAAAUAGCCACGACACAGAGGCCAAUCUUUAGGGCAUUAACAAGAGACAAACGAGGUUCUUUCUAUUAAGCUUGGUUUACGUUUCAGGAGUUUUGGUUUUGGCUGAUAGCCACCAUCGCAUGGAACAAAUCUACCAAUUGUCGCCAAAUGAAUGUAUGGCGCCAGUUUCGACUUGCCAAUGACGUUUUACAAUGACAUGCUGUCGCAGCAUUACAAUGACCUUUCAAGGUAACGAGUCAAGAUCCCAUUUCUGGAGCAACGAUAUUUAUCAAGUGCAGUUUUGCUGUUUAUGCCAAAAUUCCUUUUUCUUUGCCGUUUGGAGAACCUGACUAAGUGAACAAGGGGCAUUUUACUUAGUUGUUGUCGAGAAUUACUUGAAAUUGAAGGGAAAGAUAUAGUCGAAUCUAGCUACGAACAACAAACAUAUAUACGAAGGUUAAACUUUGUUUUCUAUCCGAUCACUUAAAAAAAGAGAGUUUGGCAGAUCAAUGUUUGGAGUAACAAAUGCCACAUCCAUGCUGUAUACGGAGCUAAUGCUGUGCUCACGUUCGACGACGGAGGGGGACGUUCCCGCUUUUACGUCGAAAGAACUUGUUGGAAACGCCUGCGUCACAGUUCUGUUUGUCUUAACAUUUGUCCUGACCAAAUCAGCAUGGGACCAAAUACGGAAACAAUACUUUUCCAAAAUCACAGUAGUCGUCAUUGGGGCUGGUCCCAUCGGGCUCUCUGCCAUGUUAAUUGCCGCAAAAACAUCCAAGGUGGCCAGGUUGAUCCUUUACGAGGAAAAAUGCCGUUACGACUUGAUUAACCGACCCCAGCAAAUCGCCUUGGACGCCCGGAGUGUGGCAUUUUUGCGGCAAAAGGGGGUAGACUUUGAGAACAUCGAAGGGUGUUGGGGAAACCAGUGCUUUUUCACCAGAAUCGGGAUUUUCCAGGAGUACUUACUGAGUGCCAUUGACCAGCUUGAAAUUCAUUCAGUUAUCAAGCUGAAUACAAAGUUUACCAAAGACUCCAUAUCGGAACUGGAGAAGAUUCCAGGGCGUGUGAUGGUCAUCGCAUGUGACGGUCUUAAUGGUCAAGCGGCACGGACGCUGGGUCUCAGAGAAGAGUGGACCCAACAAUCGUGCAAAUAUUAUGGCGCUGUAGCGGGCAUUGAACGUACUGACCAAAGACCUGUCCCUUCUCCCGAAAUCAGGGUUCAUGGUCUGACCUUUGACCUUUCUGCCUUUUAUGGCAAAGACUUCAAAGUCGAUGAAAAAUGCGGCUUCAGCCUUAAAAUAUUCGGGAGUGAUCGGCAGCGCUACAUGUCCCUGGCAGUGCCAAAAUGUGAUUCUAAUCUCAUCAAGGCGCUAAAGGUGGCGCUUGACCAUUCUAUAAUGCGAAACAUAUUCAAGGAGUGCUUCAAUACUUACAAAACAGACACGGAAAGCAAAAUCACUGAUCUCCAAGCACUGAAGAAGCUUAAAUUCAGUCCGCGUUUGUUCGAAAUCAAACUCUGUUGGAGGCGAGAGACUGUGAUGUACUUAGAAGAUGAAGACAUCGUUGUGACAUGUGAAGGCGAUGCAGCCAGGACGUUAAAUUUCCACUCAGGUCUGGAUGUGAACCUUUCUAUACGCGGGCUGGAGUCUCUGACGUCUUUCAUUCAUUCCACGGCAACAGCGAACAAUAACAUGAAAUCUCUCAUAGAGGCCAUGACGCUAAGGGCAACACAUGCAAGAAAAAUAUCAGAACAUUUUCAGCGAUAUGGAAUUGCAGAGACGAUGGAAUUAUAGAAAGGUCGUGAUCCCAUUGAAUAUCAUCAGUGAUCACGCUAACGUUCUGUUUAAUUUCCCGAUGGAAGAUAUUCGAACAUGUUUCAUAGAAAAUAUUAUUGCAGAAACCGUUGGCUCGAGGGGUUCGGGUCGUGAGUACAUGGUGAAUUCCAACAAAUGAAUCAGGAAUUUUUUUGUCGUUUUCUUAAAACCAACUUCAAGUUAAGUAUACCGUCAUGAAGUUGUAGUUGUUGAUUUGACUAGAAAAGACUACGUCUAAUACAGGUCCGAUAGAUGCGGACCGAGGAGUACUUCGCAACCACGCCCUUUAAAUGUCUACAUUUUAAUUUAAUUAACAUUUAGCAGCGUGGCUACCCAUAGACUUAACUUACUAUGUGGCGCCUUUUUGUAUACAGUCUCUUUUGACUAAUUAAAAAGACAAUGAAAGUUUCAGAUAGCACAGACUAAAACCUCUGUAAUCAAGGAUCGCUAGGAAAUACUUAUUAUAAAUGUACCAGUAUUAUCUCAACAUUUUUAUCGUUUUUGAUGCUAGUCAGUUUUCAAGGCAUUUUUAUAAUCAUGGAAUAAAUGUCGUUACGGAUUUUCAUGUUUUAUAUUAUUUACCUGGCGUAUUAUUUACCAGACGCAGUUAGAUGAUCAUUUAACACAGUACCUUGAUUUAAACAAAGAGACGAAAGUUUAUCGAAUUAAAAUUUAAUGCU